GACCGCCGAGAUCGAUUGGACCUGCGACCAAGGGAACGCAGGAACUCAUGAUGCCAGAUGAAAAGCGUCCUGGGAUGAAGCCAAAGCUCCCUAGCCUCGAUGAGGCCGUGGGUUCUGUCGAGGGUGAAGUGGAAGUUGAAGAGGAAAGGUUUGGAGAUGCACCAGGGAUGGUCGACCACGUGAAGGAAAAGAUGAGAAGUCAAAGACCUUGGACGCUGAACAAGGCGGGCUGGGGGUCGACGAAGAAGAGUUCACUGAUGCCACAGGGCGUGGGAGAAGUGGAAAAGGAAAGGGGAAUAAGAAAAAAAGAAGAUUCCCAAGAAGGUGAUGGGGUGACGCAACAAACCCUGUCCGUGAUCUUGAAGUUGAUGGAAGGGAUGCGAAAGAUCCAAGAUCGAAUGUCCAAGGGAUCAAGCCAUGAUCCAGACCAAGAGCCUGAAACGGUAAGGCAAAGUGUGGACCUGCCGAAGCUUCCUGAAUGGCAGGGUGAGUCAGCACCAAUCGAUUUUUCGGAUUGGUUAGUUGUUUUGGCUUCAUUGAUGGCCGACCUGACCCCUACAUCUGAGGAGCGGUGGUCAUUGACUUUGGAAGAAGCACGUAGCUGGUACCAAAAGCAUUUGUUGAAGUCACCGCUCGAUCGCCUCACUCACCAGAUUGCACCAAGUGCCAAGCUGACCUUGAGGAAAUGGGCACGCCUGGAAAAGCGGGCAGCAGCACUGCUCUUGUCCGCAGUGCCAGAGUCACUACGAGAAGAAGUGGUGUCCUCCAGGAGUCUGUCCACCUUCGGCAUUCUGGUGAAGGGCAUGAUUGCCUAUCAGCCCGGUAGCCUUUCUGAGCGGCAGGCCAUUCUUGGUCACGACCUUGCGCAAAUGGCUGAGGUGGAAAAG